AUGUCUGGAAGCCAUAUGUACCGUGGUAGUAUGUCGGUGCUGCUGCAAGCAAUCCUCACUCAAGCAUGUCGAGCGAUUUUAGCUUUUUGUCUAGUCAAACAACAACGAAAGUUAAUGAAUAAAAAGUUAAGUGAUGUUGUAUGUGCAUAUGUCUCGGAAUCAGAGGCAUCAUCCAUCAUUGAAAGUACAGGGAAACAUGCGCUUCUCACGGCAGUACAUUUGCUUUGCUGUGAACAACGACCACAUAUGGUAUGUGAACAUCAUAAUGGAGAACUUGCUAUUGCUGUGAAUGCUAUUUUAGAAGAUUAUCCUCUACGUUCUAAUAUUAUUACUGCAUUAACGGGAUUUAUUACACGAAAAUGGGAACAUAGUGAAGUCUCUAUUCAUCGUUUACUUUCUUACGCCGUAUCCGUUGGUCCUAAAUGUCACACUUUAACCUCUUCUUCUAUUGUAGAUUAUAGAUCAUCUCCUAUAUCCUUGUUGUUACAUGUUUACCCUGAACUCGCAACUACCAACUCUGUAUCGGAAGUGAGUUGUGGUUGUAUGCAUCAAUGGUUUAGGGAAACACUUCCAUUGCUGUUGCUUACAUUAACAAUGGAACAACAUGCCAAGAUGUGGUAUCGAACUUCUCUCUUAUCACGUGCGUUUUUACGAUGGAGACAGUGUCAUGGUAUGUAUCUUUUACGGGCUCUUGCAGCAGGAAGUUACUCCCCACCUCCAAUAGAGAUGUCCACGCAGGCACCAAGUACAGUAAGGAGUAAUCUUCGUGAAGGAAACUCUGCUCUUCUUACUUCUUUUGAUGUUUCUUCUACUCCUGUUAUUAUACAUGUUCCUACUUCUGCUCCUUCGCCUGCUCCUGCUACUAUUUCUAAUACGGUUAGUGUUCCUGUGCCUACUGUACCAAACGUCUCUUGUGCCUCUACGAAUACAGAUUGUGUAGUGGGGUUUACGCCGCAAAAGUCAGUUGAAAAUUCCAGUAAAAAAUCUACGGCAGUGCAAACAACAACAACAACAACAACAACAACGGCAACAAUUCCCUCCGAUACACCACUACAAAUUGUAAAUAUGGAAAAUGUGAAGACAGAUAAAAUUCAAACUACUAGUAACACAAGUAUGAAUAAGAAGAUAAAGAAGAAGAAUAAUAACGAUGGAGAAAUGUUAAAGACGUUUAUUCACCAAUGUGAUCAACUUGUUGCGGAACGAGUUAAACGUCAAACAUUUUUCUUCUGGCGUGAUGUACGCCUCCUGCGACGGAGACAACUGCAGGAACUCAUACAUAGAUUUACUUUACGACACAAGCAAAGAUGGUGGUUACUCUGGAAACGUCAAUAUACGGCUCAUCUAUUGCGUAGACGGAGGGUAUUAGCAGAUGAACAGUGUUCUGUUUAUAUAGAAGCCAAGAAAGAGUCUUUACGACGAUACGCCUUUUCAUGCUGGAAACAUGCAUACAUGGUAAGACGUUUUCGUUUACGUACUUGUGGCUUCCGAAUUUUUUCCAUGUGGAGACGUCAUUUUUUAUUUUCCCUUCAUGCACGUGGAGCGGCGGUGCCUUUCAUCGCCUCCCGAGCGCUUGCCCUUCGUUGUCUUUUGCGAUGGCGACUGGCGCGUCUUUGUCGUCUGGCGGACCGCCGUUUUCUGCGGGGUUUUCUCGAGCGGCUUCGCGGGCGACUUUCGGUUCGGGCGGCGGGGCGGCGGGGGGCGGCGGCGGCGGCCUUCGCGCGGGGCGUUUUUGUCCGCCGGCGGGUCUUCGCGCAGUGGCGGGCCGCGUGCGGGUCCCACCGGCGCCUCACCGCCGCGAUCGCCCGGCGAGACCGACGGACCGCCGCCCGCGCGCUGAAAAAAUGGCGCAUCGCCACGAGAAGACGGGCCUUAGAGGCCGAAAGAGAAAACAUCACCCGCCGACUUCUUUGGGAGAAGUGGAGACGACGGGCAGAAAUGCUGAAGCGCUGGCGUAGUCAACACUACACACACGCAGAGGAAGUGUAUGCCGGACGGCUCUUGCGAGGGGUGUGGGGGCGGUGGUGGGAGAGAUAUGAGAAGGCGCGGCUCCAGCACCAACAGCAGGAAGUAAUCACCUGGUUUGCCGCAAAGGGACACACAAACGCCUCAUUAGGUGUAAACUCUAGUUUUCCAGCUCCAAUGGAGUCAGUGCAUAAUAAUAGUAGUAAUACUUUUCUGCCACAGCGUAAGAUGGAGAAGCGUGGUCUUUCUGUUUCUUUUGCGGAAUUGAAACGUAGUCCACCGCGAAAAGAUCCACUUGCAGUUCUUAGGGCAGAAAGACGUUUACUACAUGAAAUGAAUUCGACUCAGUGGCAGAAUCUGGCACAUUCACGUUUGUUCAAUAACAGUAACAAUAGUAACGUCACCAAGAAGUAUUACCAUCAUCACCAUGAAAAACAACAUCAAGAAGAAGAAGAAGGGUCAGAGUGGAAAAGAAAGGGUGGUGAUGAUACGAUGGUUAUUAUGAUGCCAUCAGACGUGGAGGAUGACAAUUCACCAUCAUUCGAAAAUAGUCGUCUCUAA